GACGAUGUCGUCUUGCUUACUCGAAUACCGGUGAUUUGGGACUACUUUCAACGAACUGUAUCUUUUGAUAUCAGAAGGAACCUAAUAUUGUAGAUCGGUGACGUUCACGUCGCUACUGGACAAGGAUUAUAUGACCACCGAUCCGGACUUAUUGAACACCAAGUAUGAAAAUUGUGGUGCUGAUCCUACUGUUUUCCGGGAUGGCUAGUGCUCAGAAUGCAAGGGGGUACGGUCCCCCUGCCGGGCAAAGCCAGGUUUUUUUGCGGAGUUUCGCUGAUGGAUCCCAGUUUAAUGGUCAAAUUCCUCACCGAAGUUCCGUGAUUGAAGUAACAUCACAAAACUUUUCCCCCGCGAGACCAGGAUCCCAGCAGAUCAACCCUAACUUCAACCUUAAUGCAGCUAGCCAGAAUAAUCUUCCCGACUCUCAGCUUCUACCUUUAGCACCUGAGGGACAGAUGGCUCAGAUCCUUAACAUUGAAGUCAAAUGUGAGAAGGAGACCAUGGGCGUGAGAAUAGAAUUCAGUGAACCCUUUAACGGAAUCAUUUAUUCUAAAGGAUUUUACAGUGACAGUACCUGCCUGUAUGUGGCGCCGAAAAGCAGCCGAUCUGUUUAUGAAUUUACCGUUUAUCUCGAUCGUUGUGGUACCCAGUUUGUAGACCAAUUCAACCAAGGUGGCCAAGCAUACUUGGAGAACACUAUAAUAAUCCAAAACGAACCCGGUUUUCAAGAAGUGUGGGAUACUGCACGAAAUAUCCGGUGUCUCUGGACCGGCCAGUUUGAGAGGACCGUUACGUCCAACGUUAACGUGGACAUGUUGGAUAUCAUCUCCAUCACCUACAGCGGAGAUUCGGUGGAUAGUUACAUGGAUAUCCAGGUUGGGCGAGGACCAUUUGCUGCCCCUGUUACAGGAUUGGUCAGAAUCGGAGAUACCCUUACGGCGGUAGUUUACGUGCAAGGCGCUAACGACUUUGAUAUACACGUGAAAGAGUGUUUUGCCCAUGCUGGUGACGUCAGUAGGGGUAUACAGCUGACAGAUGCAAGAGGCUGCGUAAUAAAGAAGAAGCUGAUGGGGCCGUGGCAAAUGACAAGUCAGACAGGGAACAGUGGAGCAAGCAUCAUUGCAUACGCUUUUUUCCAGGCCUUUAAAUUUCCAGACACCAUGGAAGUAUUCCUGGAAUGUAACAUCGAGCUCUGCAAAUUCCAGUGUCAAAACUACUGUCCCGAAUAUCCACAGCCUCGAUCAGUACGAAAUAAACGAGAGACUCGCGGAAAUAUCCAGAUGGUGGAGGAAGACAAGGACGGAAUUCUACGACUUAAAGACAGAGUGGAGCCAAUCCGCUUACUUCGUGGAAUCCGGGUGGUUUCUCCAGAGGAUAUCACUGUUUCUGAGAGUAGAAACGGAACAACGACGCUGUCCACAGGGAAAUUUAACAACCACGACGCAGGUCUUUGCUUGUCUACACCUAGUUUCAUCACUGCCCUAGUGAUCACUCUUCUCAUCCUUCUCACUUCUUGCACCAUCACUGCCUUCCUCUGUAUCCGAGUGCGUAACACUUCUUCCUUUCAAUCCUCGGCAGUGCACGCCUUCUCCUCCCACCGUGACUUGUUUGGCAAACCUUAAUGAUUUAUGGCUAAUUUACCACCAAAAAAAGAAGACACUAAGGAAUAAAUCCAAGGAUAUCACCAGAUAAACUAUAUUCUGCUGACAAGUUACAAGUACACGUUCUUGGUAUUAUAACUAUCGUGACAUAUUUAUGGUACUGGUUUCUGUUAGAUUUUCGAACAUUAUAUAGUAAUUAAUAUAUUUACUGUUUAGGCUGCUUUAUACAGCUAUAAACAGUCACUACUUACUGGCAAGUCUUUUAGUUCUUCAUGGUUUUUUUCCAAAUGAUAAUUAGUUAAAAGCCUUAUAUUUAUAAUAAUGCUGGAAUUUAUUAGCAGGAGUGUUUUGUGUCGGUUAAAAUGAAUCCUUACAUCGUGACGUAGCAUGUUUGCUAUGACGUCACACAACGAACUCUUGGAAGUGACUACAACAAGCACAACACAAAUUUCUGUUCCUAUUAAAGCCAUGUUGGUAUUAUUGGUACAGGGCUUAUAAAUAUGUAGGGAAAGAGGUACGUUUAUUUUCACAAGUCAACAUCUGUACUUAACUGACAACUUAUAAAUAUGUAGAAUUGUAUAGUACAGUCAUUUCAUAUCGAUGUUGUGUUUGUCAUAAAACUAUCUAAAAUUAAAAAUAUAUCACUAGGAUGUUAACAAUAUGAUAAAAUAAAUAUGUAACGAUUUGUAAA